AUGCAGUAAACUCCUUUAAGGGGUAGAACAAAUUUAUUCAAUCACUUACUUCAAAGAAGAAGUUUAAGUUCUAAGUAGAAGUCAAAGCGACUCAAUGGAAUAUAUAUUGAAGGUAUUAGAGCUCCCUUAGAUUAAAGAAUUCAAAAAGCCAAACAAAAUAAACUUCAAAUUAAGACUGAAUAUUUGGACUAUUUUGUUUUUGAGACAAACGAAACUACAAUCAUGCCUCAAACUAAAAUGAGUUCAUAAAGAUAACCUGCUAUUUAUAAUUUACAAUUCACAAUUAAUAAACAAUUAGCUAAAUAAAAAAGGAUUAUUAGAUAACCCUGCAAUUCAUUUUAUACAAUAUAAAUUUAUUCAAAAUCUUUAGAUAAAUCUGAAAGUAGAUAAUUUAAGUGA